UUCUUAUUGCUUGUUGCCUGGAUGUGCUAACUUUGGGUCUUUGAAGAGAGGUCAUAAAGAGGUCAAACCUAGCUUUGAUUAGAGUGUACUUGUUUGAUGAGCUUGGUGUUUUGGGGAUUUGUAGCAAGAUUUUGAUCGAAAUAAUCAACUGUUUUAUCGAUUUAGAUGCUAGUUCUCCAAUUCAGUAUAUUGGAAGAUCCAGACUUAGGAAUUAAUGAAGGAAGUGAAGGUGUGUUCUCUAGGUAUGACUCCGAUAACUACCUGGAUGGGUUUCAAAGCAAACUUGUACUUUUGAUAUCUUAGAAAGUCAUUUCAUACUGUAAAUAUUACCCUAUUGGUAAAUUAAUCAUGAAUUAUAUCUUUGUUUUUAGCUUCUUCUAACUUAUCACGAUCAAUUUGAAUGUUUUCACAAAACAGUAAACCAUGCUCGUUAAAUCCAGGAGCAUGCUCUAACUCGUCAGCUUCUUUGUUAGAAUGAUGAAGUGGUUCUCCAAGCAUCGCAAGACUCCCGAGCAUAUCUUCAGCUCUAUCUCUUUCUUCUUUAAGAUCUUCCAGUCGAUGGAACGAACUGAAAUGAGCCAAAUUAUCAACUGAAAGAUUGACAAACUCUUUAAUAUCCACUCACAGGCUGUCGAAUUCAGCACAUUUCUGUUCAAAAUUAGGGUAGUCUGAUAUCUUGACUAGGUCUCCCAUUUCCUUAUCAAUCUCAGCCAUUAAGUCAAAGCUUUGGCUCAGAUAUUUAAUAAGGUCAUCUUCAGUAUAAUAAUGGAUCUUCUGGGUAGGCUGCAUCAACUUCUCAUCAACUUUCUCUGAACCAUGAAAAGCUUGUUUUAGCUUUCUAAUAUUUUCUUGAUUUUCGUUUAACAGAUCAAAAAAUAGAUUUGCUUUAAUUCGAUUAGGGUAUAGAAAAUAGAAUAGAUCUAUAAUUUUGUAAAGAAAUAAGCAUCUA